GAAAUCGAUUCACUCGUAAGGGGACAGUGGGUGCGCACCGAUGUGCUGGAAGUGGGACCCAACCAUCCCGGGGAUGAAAAGGCACACCACUAUCAGAUCAGUGGCCAGACUUUCGCCGGACAGCGAGUGUUUCGAUACGAAGUCGAACCCAAAACACUUCAAAUGAGUGACCAAUUUCUGGCCACAACUCAUAUCCGGAUCACAUUUGACGGCACAGUUACGGUGGACGCGCCGUUGGGUCAGUUCUUUGGCACCGGACUCGGUAUGUUCGACACCCGGAGCCUGUGGUUCGGUGUCGACGCUCGCAAUCGCGUGUUCAGCGCGUUUUGGUCGAUGCCUUUCGCCAGUUCCGUCGCGAUUGACAUCAUUAGCGCCAAUGUGUCGGACAUUCAUAUUGAAAUGAUUACGUUUUCCUCAAUACAAGCGGUUGGGGAACAGUGUAUGGAGUGUCGCAUACCAUGAGAGGACUCAUCAAAAGUGGGAAUAUUAGGGACUAUCUGGAAGGGGAUGAACGCAUU